CUACUGCUUGGUCCUCCUUUGUAUGUUAUUCCGUUCGCUGUGCAAUAACAGGGACAGGCCUGGGCUAAAAAUUAUAAAGUUUAUUAUCAUCGAAAAUUGAAGAAAAAAAUACUUACAAGGUGCAACUGUAGUAGGUGAAGAGCCUGGUUCUGUUGUUGGAUGAUUAGUUGGAUGAUUAGUUGGAGGAGCUGUUGCUGGUGGUCCGCCUGGAAUAGUUGGAGGGGUUGUUGCUGGAGGACCGCCUGGAUUAGUUGGAGGUGUUGUGGCUGGAGGGCCACCUGGAUUAGUUGGAGGAGUUGUUGCUGGAGGACCGCCUGGAAUAGUUGGAGGGGUUGUUGCUGGAGGACCGCCUGGAUUAGUUGGAGGGGUUGUUGCUGGAGGACCGCCUGGAUUACUAGGAGGAGUUGUAGCUGGAGAACCACCUGGUUUGGUUGGAGGAGCUGCUGUUCCUGGUUCUCCUGAGCAACUUGUUUUAGGAGGAUUAGUAGUUAUUCCAGGAGAAACAGUUACCGGACCAGGAGGUGUAACGGUCCCAGGAUUUACGCUGUG